AUGGCAUCUCCCAUUCUCAAGUCCUUCCUGCUUCUAUCUUCUCUCUUCUCAUUAACAUAUGCUCUUAGCUCUUCAUCAUCUUCAAUUUCAUUUUUAGACUCAAAUAUUUCUGCAAUCAGAAUACACAUCAGUCCGAAUAUUCUUAAUUUUCUACUCCGGUCACUCAAAACUGCUCUAUCUGAAGGCAUAAAACUGUCAAAUCUGUUUUCCAAUGCUGCAAAUAUUGUUGAAAAACAGAAGGNGUCACUCAAAACUGCUCUAUCUGAAGGCAUAAAACUGUCAAAUCUGUUUUCCAAUGCUGCAAAUAUUGUUGAAAAACAGAAGGGUACGUUACAAGAUUGCAAAGAUCUUCACCAAAUAACACUUUCUUCCUUGGAAAAAUCCAUGUCCCGGUUAAGUUCACCAGACUCAAGAAAACUGGCUGAUGUGAGGGCUUUUCUAAGUGCAGCUUUAACAAACAAGAUCACUUGCUUGGAAGGCCUAAAUUCGGCUUCCGGCCCGCUAAAAUCAUCCCUGGUGGAUUCAUUGACUAGUACUUAUCAGCAUAUAAGCAAUUCUUUAUCAAUGCUCUCCCACCCAGGUGCAUCUAUAGGCCAUAAAAAUAGGCAUCUCUUAGCGACUCCGAGGUGGCUUUCCAGGACGGAUCGUCACAUUUUGCAGAGUUCCGGUGAUGAAUAUAAUCCGAGCGAGGUUCUUACAGUGGCUGCUGAUGGAACCGGAAAUUUUUCUUCAAUUAUGGAUGCUGUAAAUUUUGUCCCGAAUAACAGCUUAGAUAGAAUAAUAAUCUAUGUUAAAGAAGGGUUGUAUAAAGAAAAUGUGGAGAUUCCAAGUUGGAAGCCUAACAUUGUUUUGCUUGGAGGUGGAAGUGAAGUUACAGUAAUUAGCGGUAACAGAAGUAUAGCAGAUGGCUGGACUACUUUGAGAUCUGCCACUGUUGCUGUUUCCGGUGAUGGUUUCUUGGCACGUGACAUAACGUUCGAGAACACAGCAGGACCAGGGAAGUAUCAGGCCGUGGCUCUCCGUGUUAAUGCAGACUUAUCUGCUGUUUACCGAUGCACCAUUAAUGGCUACCAAGAUACACUCUAUGUUCAUUCCUUCAGGCAAUUCUACAGAGAAUGUGACAUUUAUGGAACCAUAGACUACAUAUUCGGAAAUGCUGCAGUUGUCUUUCAAGGAUGUAAAAUCAUCUCUAGAAUGCCAUUGCCAGGCCAGUUCACUGUGAUCACAGCCCAGUCCAGGGACACCCUGGAUGAGGACACCGGGAUUUCAUUGCAAAAUUGUUCAAUCAUGGCUACAGAUGAUUUGUAUUCUAAGUCCAGCACUGUGAAGAGUUAUUUGGGAAGACCCUGGAGAAAUUUUUCCAGGACAGUUUACUUGGAGUCCUACAUUGAUGAUUUUAUUGCACCAGAAGGGUGGACUAAUUGGAAUGGUAGUCAAGGAUUGGACACUUUGUAUUAUGGAGAGUAUGAAAAUAAUGGCCCUGGUUCAAGAACUGAUAAUCGUGUUUCUUGGCCAGGUUAUCACGUAAUGGAUUACGAGGAUGCUUCUAACUUUACAGUAUCGGAGUUCAUAACCGGAGAGGAAUGGCUGGAUUCUACUUACUUCCCUUAUGAUGAUGGAAUCUGAUUUCAGAGUACAGUUAAAGUCGCAUUUUGAUAGAAAAGAUUCAAAUCUGAUUUCACUAGUAGUGAAAAAGUUGUAAUAAAUUGCUCGAGGAGGAAACAAUUUGCCGGAGUUUUGGCAAAAGAACAAAUGUAAAGCAGGCCUCAUAUUAAUUAGUCGCUUAGGGCCGGCCCUGUGUAUGAAUAAGAUUUGUGCAUCCAUCUACUAAUGUCUCUCUCUCACACGAGUGUGCAUAUAUAUGCUCCUACACGUAUAUGGACACAUUGCGUCAAAGAUUGUCAAAAAAAUAUCAACUUCAAUUGACGUCAAUGGCAUUGAAUAUCAACUUAGAGAACUAUUGCAA